AUGGCUCUCAGCAAAGAAGUGAUCCAACAGUUGGAAGAUAUGGCCAAUCAGUUGAGAAUAGACUCAAUUGAAUCGACAAAUGCGGCCAAAUCAGGACAUCCAACCUCUUGCGCAUCGAUCGCUGAAUUGAUGUCAGUUUUGUUCUUCCAUACAAUGAAAUACUCGGUGAAAGAGCCGAAGAGUGCGGCCAACGAUCGGUUCAUUCUAAGCAAAGGACACGCGGCGCCCAUACUGUAUGCCGCGUGGGCUCAGAAUUGA